AGCAGCUCUGUGCUUCUACGUCAGUGUACAUCACAGGGACACACAGGACAAUUUUGCUUCAGGUACUCGGGGUGACUCCCUGCACAGAAAAAUCCCAACUCCGGUCACCUUACAAAGCUCCGACCUUCCCACUAAAAGGAUUUGAUUUCCAAAUCCACGCUGGCCAAAGAUCAGCAGUGCAGAGGAGCAGGGAGCCGUCCGUGGUGCUGAAUUCACCAGCUAACAGAAAUCCCCAUUUCACACUCAUGAGCUUGGACCGCUCGUGAUAGCCCCCGAUUCCUAGCAGCGACUGACCACCACCCCAAAAUCCACGAUGGAGGACGAUGGUCGAUACAGAGACGGCCGCCAGGAUUUCAUCCGUGGCGCCAAGGACAUCGCCAAGGUGGCAAAGAAACAGGUUGGCAAGAAGGUGGGGCGCGGCGUGGACAAAGUGGCCGAUGAGUACAGCAAGCGCUCCUACAAACGCUUCGAAGAGGAAGACGAUGAUGAAGACUACGGAGGCGUGCCGAGUAACGAUGGUGGAUAUUACCGCAACGACAGCCGAGCCAAUGACGACGAAGGUCACAGUGAUUCCACUGAAGGACACGACGAAGACGAUGAGAUCUACGAAGGUGAAUACCAGGGAAUCCCAAGGGCCGACUCCAGUAAACCUGGCGGUAUGGACGGGGUGACGGCGCCGGCGCAGCAGUUCAGGGAUCUUUCAGCCUACGAGGCCGAGAGGAGGAAAGACCAGGAGGAGCUGGCCCAGCAAUACGAGGCCAUCCUGCAGGAGUGCGGCCACGGGAAGUUCCAGUGGACGCUCUACUUUGUCCUCGGGCUGGCGUUGAUGGCAGAUGGCGUGGAGAUCUUUGUGGUCGGCUUCGUGCUACCCUUUGCAGAGAAGGACAUGUGUCUAUCUGAGCCUAACAAGGGCAUGCUGGGUCUGAUCGUGUACCUGGGGAUGAUGGUCGGAGCCUUCAUUUGGGGCGGCCUGGCCGAUCGGAUCGGCCGACGGCAGACCCUCCUCAUCUCCCUCUCCAUCAACAGUGUGUUCGCCUUCUUCUCGUCCUUCGUCCAGGGCUACAUCUCCUUCCUCUUCUGCCGCCUGGCCUCCGGUGUGGGCAUCGGCGGCUCCAUCCCCAUCGUGUUUUCCUAUUACUCUGAGUUCCUGGCCCAGGAGAAGCGAGGAGAGCAUCUGAGCUGGCUCUGCAUGUUUUGGAUGAUCGGCGGUAUCUACGCCUCUGCCAUGGCCUGGGCCAUAAUCCCACACUAUGGCUGGAGUUUCCAGAUGGGUUCGGCCUACCAGUUCCACAGCUGGCGUGUCUUUGUGUUGGUGUGUGCCUUACCCGCUGUGGCGGCCAUCUCUGCUACCACCAUGCCUGAGAGCCCGCGCUUCUACCUGGAGAACGGGAAGCACGACGAGGCGUGGAUGAUUCUGAAGCAGGUCCAUGACACCAACAUGAGAGCCAAGGGCUACCCAGAGAGGGUCUUCUCUGUGACCACAAUCAAAACGGUGAAGCAGAUGGAUGAACUGGUGGACCUGGGCGAUGGGGCCGCCUGGCAUCAGAAAUGGAGGGUCAAGCUAACUACACUUUUCCACCAGGUGUGGAGUAAUUUCCUCACCAUCUUCUCUCCAGAGUACCGCCGCACCACCUACAUGAUGAUGGCCGUUUGGUUCUCCAUGUCCUUCAGCUACUACGGUCUGACAGUGUGGUUCCCCGACAUGAUCAAGUACCUGCAGAAACAGGAGUACGCCUCGCGCACCAAGGUGUUCGUCAAGGAGAAAGUUGAACACGUCACCUUUAACUUCACCCUGGAAAACCAGGUCCACCGCCAGGGAGAGUACUUUAAUGACAAAUUUAUGAAUUUAAAGAUGAGGUCUAUGGUGUUUGAAGACUCGCUGUUUGAGGAGUGUUACUUUGAAGACAUCACCUCCAGCAACACCUUCUUCAAGAACUGCACCUUUAUCGCCACCCUCUUCUACAACACAGAUCUCUUCAAGUAUAGGUUGGUCAACAGCAGGCUCAUCAACAGCACGUUCCUGCACAACAAAGAGGGCUGCGUGCUUAGCGACGUCAGCGAUGAAAACAAUGCCUACAUGGUCUACUUCGUCAGUUUCCUGGGCACCUUGGCUGUGUUGCCUGGCAACAUUGUCUCUGCGCUGCUCAUGGACAAGAUCGGACGGCUGAGGAUGCUAGCGGGCUCCAGUGUGAUCUCUUGCGUCAGCUGUUUCUUCCUGUCCUUUGGCAACAGCGAGUCGGCCAUGAUUGCGCUGCUUUGCCUGUUUGGGGGAAUCAGCAUCGCUUCCUGGAACGCCCUCGAUGUGCUGACGGUGGAGCUCUACCCCUCUGACAAGAGAACCACAGCGUUUGGCUUCCUCAACGCCCUCUGUAAAUUAGCGGCUGUUUUAGGCAUAAGCAUCUUCACCUCGUUCGUUGGUAUCACCAAGGCCGUGCCCAUCCUCUUUGCCUCGGGGGCGCUGGCGGCGGGCAGUUUUCUGGCCCUUAAACUACCGGAGACGCGGGGUCAGGUGCUGCAAUAGUGUGUGUGGCGCCAUCAACUUUCCAGGGGAGCAGAAGAGUUUUCGCCACACUGUGAAUGAAGAGCUCAAGAGCCCUCGAAAUCCUACCCUCUAACCCCUCACUUCACAAUGAUAGAGUAAAGUAAGUGCACACGCCUCAAGACAACACAGAGGAGCGACAUAGAUUUGCUGUAAACUUUGAUAGGUCCCCUUCCAUGCAAUAGAAGCUGUGUCAAACACCUCGAGCUUCAAUAGAUUGCUAAAUGUGAAGGAAGGUUUCUCAGUAAAAGAGUGAUGUUUAAUUUCCUGUUCAUAAAAUAAAAUGUUUAGAUUUGGUUCCCAAAUUAAAGUACAUCCACCUGGGGUUGGAGGUCAGGGGACUGGGGUUCUUGAUGAUGAGCCAUGGAAAUAGACUCAUAGAAACGACCACUAGCCAUUGAUGCGAAGUUCUCUGUAGUCACCUCCAUUCUCCUGAGCAAAUUCAACUCACCUGUCAAGUCUCGAGUACUCUGCCAUUGUUGGACACAGAAUCAAAAAUGCGACAUUUUCUGCCUUGAUUUGAAGCAUUUUUGACUUUUCUGGGUAAAACCAAGACUCAACUCUCUUGGCUUUCUCUCAAAACAAAGACCUCUCCUCAUUUUUUCUCUCCUAAAGGUCUUGUGUUGGUGUACAGACUUACUGCCAUUUUUUUUAGGCGAUAGAACAUUCCAGGUUUGCUUUCGUUGUUGUUAGAAAGUGACGAGGAGAUCAAUCGAGGCCCCCCUUCUCCCUUUAAAACAUGGUUUCUGAUCACGUCACGAUACAUUCAAAACAGUUCGAUGUAUGUUUCCCAUGCCACGUCUUCAAUUCUGUGCUGUCACGAUCGCCAUUUCAUCUCAACAAUCAAGCCAUUUGUUAAAAUGUACAUUUGAAGCACAACCAUUAGCCAGUGUGAAUGUCCCCUAACAUUUUCUUGACUUGAUGAAAAUGUUCAGAAACUCGCAGUCAGUCACCAUUUUUCAUCAUACUGUGUAUCCCUUUGUAAGAAAUGCCUUGUUGGUACCCCCCCCUCCUCCCCCGUCCCGGUCUUACAGUGCGUUUGCCUCUUAUCAAAUCUGUUUGGAGGGUGAUAUGCAUGUCAUAAAGUACGUAUGUAAAUUUAUGGAAAGUUACAUUUUUGACAAGUUUGAUUCUCCAAUUGAUUAUUCUGGAUUCAUUUGAUGUCAUUUCUUUUGACAUUUCCAUCCCACAAAAGACAACACAGUGCUUUUACUCUGCAGUCCGUAGCAGUAAACAGUCUUAGAGCACACUACCCAAAAUAAAGACGAUCCUUUAUCUACACACAUAACACACAUAAUAACACAUUACAAAUGGAAGAAAAGCAAGUAGUCAGGGGGUCAAAAAAAUAAAAAAAACCUUCACCUUCAGCUUUUAUGGUUUCACUGCAGGCACGAAUUGUGUUAAGUGUGUAAGAGAUGACAGAUAAACUAUAAUCAAAAUAUUUGUGUGAACUGAAUGUUUAUAUUGAUGUGAGUGUGCUUCUUGGUGCAAUAUUGAACCUCUGUGCAAUAUUGAGAUUUUAUUAUUUGAAUAUGUCUUUUAGCAUUUCACAUUUGGCUCAACUUUUCUGGUUUGUGAACGGUCGUGUGGGGUAGCUGUCUACGACUGAUAACCGAACAUGGUGUGAUAACAUACUGGAGGAGGCUUACCUGUUGUCUGAUCUUUCAGGCUUUCUUGUUCCAAGAGCAGAGAGUAGCAUCAACGGGAUGUUUAGGAAAAACUGCUGGAAAAACUCUGCACCAAAAUUUAGAAUGGCAGCAAAGUUUUCCUACUUCCGAUUUUCAUUUUCUUAAUGUGAGAUGUGUAUGUACUGGAACAGUGGUGAUUUAUUGCAGUCUCAAUGAUAGUCCAUGGGGUAUGGCUUUGGAGUGCACUGGAACGUGUGUUUACUUGUGCUUUAUGAUACUAUUAAAUGAUACCAAUGUAGCUAGAUAUAACAUGAGAUUCACCGUAGAGAACUCACUGCCAAGGGCUGCCUGUCAUCCAUCCCACAACUUUAAAAGCACAGUGUCGACAAAAAUGACAACAACAUUCCCCUGAACUAACAAAGCACGAGUGAUGUGUUCACAUUUGCAGGGUAAAAGACGACAAAAUCCUAACAUGCAAGAUUGACAAUAAAGUUCUCAUCCAGACUGCCAUUUUGUAGGAUAGCAGCCAUACAUAGACUCAAGACAGUUAAAUAAAUAGACGACCCAUUGCACUAAAUGUACUCUGUCGUACAUGCACAAUCGUGAACGCCUUGAGUUCUUCAAGAAACAAUCUGAUGCAGCCUUGCUAGAGAGGUGUAUAAAAAAAAGAGCAAGGUGUUUAGCAAGAGCACAAAGACCAAAACCAACCAAAUGAUGAGAUUGUGAACACGAGUGCAGUUGUGAACAUGGGUGCUUUGAGCUUUGACGACCUGCCCCCGUACAUUUGAAACCCUCUCCCUGAUUUAUGUCCACAAUUUGACAUCAUAUUCAUUAUCUAUGAGUGUGCCAUCUCUCGUUAAUUAUUGCCAAAUAUUUUGUAUGGCCUCAGUUUACGCAUUACAGCAUCAGUUCUCUGUUAUAGAUAUGAAUAUAUGUAAAUAAAAAUACUUAUAGUGUAACUAAUAAGAUAGCUCUUCAAAGCUUUGUACCCCUGGACAUUUGCAGUCAGUCAACUUUGAUCUGUUACUAUCAUGCAAAGCGAGAACAACUGGACUCAUCAUGUUGAAGAAGACUUUUCCCGAUUCAUCUGAGAAUCUGUCUUCCAGAGUCCGGGGUGCUCUCUUUUUGAAACCGCAUGAAGUAAUGGCUUCAGGAGCCAAAAUGGCCAGCACAUGAGAAAGGAAAAUUAGCCUAAAUUCCCCCUUUUAAAAGCACAUUGAUAAUAUAUAAAAACGCACAUUUACUGUACAAAUAUAAACGCUAAGCAUCAGCAGUCCUACUCUCUGUAUGUCGUCCUGUUUCACCCAUGAAAUGAAGAACAACGAUGUCAAGAUAACUGUUGUAUUUGUUCAAAAUGGAUUGCCGUUAAAGCGCUAACCUGUCUCAGUGACUCAGUUCAGGCUCCUUCUAAGUCUAAAUUGUCUGGUAGAUACAUAUCUUAGCUUAUGUUACAGGGUUUUUUUUGUAUAAUUAACUUGUUGCGUGAGCAACGGUCAAUUGUGAGUGCAAAAAGUUAACAAAGCAAUAAGUGUUUGGGUAUUUGUCUCCUGUUCUCCUCUUUGAAGCUAUUGGGAAUCGGAGCACAUGACUGUAUGCUGGCCUUGUCCUCUAAAACGCUGAGUGUUGGCUUAAUAAUGACACCGGACUUAACAGCUAACAUGUGUGUGUACUCUCUAAAACAACCCGAAGUCUUGAGGCUUUUGUCAAUAAGAUUGCAUUGCCAUUAAUUAAAUGUAACAAAGAAUUUAUCACCUUUGUCAUUGUACUGUGCUGUAGAAACUGUAGUUGAUUGUUUGUAAGUAUAGAAACUGUUUGUGGAACCAUGAAUAUAUAAAAAAAGUUAUAUAAAAAAGUGUAAAUGAACAAUGAUGUAUGUUGUCUUUGAUUUUGUGUAUUUUGUAAAAAAUGAGGAUGAAAUAUAAGUAAAUACAUCAAUGUUAAAUACCGGUUAUGAAUCAUAGUUAGCCUAAAUGUGACGACAUCAGUUCUGUUUAAAGGUGUGUGAGGUUUUUUCUUAUAUUUUCUCAUUGUUGAUUUUUGAUUGGGUUCGCACUCUGCUGUGUGUCUGACCCUUUGGAAUCACAAUGGAUAACAAAGAACCAUGAAGAAUAAACAAGUGCAAAAAUACUAAAGUCAA